AGAAGAGGGAGGCUCACAGGAUGAAGAGCUGAUGCUCUGUGACUGAAGACCACUUCCACUGACUGAUUCUUCAGAGAGAAAGGCUGUUUCGGGCAGUUACUUAAUUCCAGGCUACACCUCAGCUUGCAUCUUUCUGGGAAGUUAAGGACAUGCUAAGAGUUUCCACUAAUGUGCCUACAGACCCCACCUCCGAAUCAGUGGGAAACAAUUCAUAUGACCAUAUGACACAUUAUGGGGAGGCUUGUUCUGAACAUCUGGGUGGGAGGCUGGCCUAUCUUUCACACUGUCACACAGGCACUGUAUCCCUCCUGGUCAGUGCCCUCCCCUCCAGGUGCCCCCAGAGCCCAGGGUGGUGGAGUGGACACGAAAGGGGAGCACUGGACUGAGGAGGGGAAGCCCCAGCCCCCUAAAUGGACUAGGUGUUCCUGGAAUGAGGGGUGCUUGACUCACUUCUCUCUCCUUGGAGGCAGACCCAGAGCCUGGAACCAAAGGAACACCCCCCCCCCACCACCAAUGCUUAGUGAGCAGAUGCAUGCAUGAAGAAAUAAUCUGGAAGAACACAAGGUUCCUUGACGUCAUUCCAGAACUAGAUUGGUGACCGGUAGUUGUGCCCUGGUUGUGUGUAGAGAAACUUAAGGGGGGCAACCUCCUGUCCCCUCAGGCACACCCCAGCCUCCAGAGCCUACCACUGUAAGGAAGGCCCUAAGCUGGGUGGUGACUAGCACAAAAGUAGGGGAUGAGAAUUCUCCCUUUCUGGAUGGAAGCUUUUCUCCUUGCUCCAGGACCACCUCUGAAGUGGUCCCACCCCCUCUCUUCCCUGCUGCCAUCCCCAGGCCUUCAUGAGGUUCCCCGCUCUCCUAAGCCUGCUAGCACUGGUGGUGCAGGAAGCAGGUGCACCUUCCCCCCAGAAGCUGGAGAGGAAGAGGAGGGAAGAACAGGGCUUCUGGAAAGGCAGCUCCUACCUGCUUCUGCACAUGGGGGACUACAUCCUCAGCCUGGACAGCUAUGAGGAGAACAUGGACCUGAGCAGCUCCGAAGAGCUCCCAGAAUAUGAGGACAGAGAAUCCAAGGUUAAAGUCACCAGCCUGGCCCCCACCUCCAGGGUGACUUCCACCUGGGGUACUGAGGCUUCCAGGACACCCUCCCCAAACCCCACUGGGACCAGGCCCACUGAGACCCGCCUGCCCACGUGCCUGGUGUGUGUGUGCCUGGCGUCCACUGUGUACUGUGAUGACGCCGAGCUGGACAGUGUCCCCCCACUGCCCCAGACCACCACCUACCUGUAUGCCCGCUUCAAUCGCAUCAGUCACAUCCGGGUCGAAGACUUCACAGGGCUGACCAAACUGAAGAGGCUUGACCUCUCAAGCAACUCCAUCUCCUCUAUCGAUGAUGAUGCCCUCUGCCAGCUACAUGCUCUGCAGGACCUGAUCCUCCCAGAGAACCAGCUGGCAGCUUUGCCCAUACUACCCAGUGGCAUUCGGGUCCUAGACGUCCGCAUGAACCAGCUCCAGAGCUCGGGGAUACAGGCUGGUGCCUUCCAGGAGCUGGAAGAGCUGCAGUUUCUUUACCUGGCUGACAACCUGCUGGAGUCCAUCCCGGGGCCCCUGCCCCUCAGCCUGCGUGUGCUAUAUCUACAGAACAACAGGAUCAAGGCUGUGCAUGCAGAUGCCUUCUGCCACCCGGAGGAACAUAGGCACACCCGCCAGCAGCUGGAAGACAUCCGGCUUGACGGCAACCCUGUCCACCUGGGCCUCUACCCAGAUGCCUACUUCUGCCUCCCGCGUCUCCCCACAGGCCGCUUCUCUUAGCUCAUCCCAUCCUCAGUUCCAGGUCCUGGAGCACCACCAGGGUUCAGGCUUCUUAGACCAGAGGGCCAGGCUUCUUAAUGGAGGCAUCAAGCAGCCUCACAGUCCAGUUGCAGAAGUCACCACCGCCCCCCCAAAAGCCUGCAACCAAAUCUGCAUUUCUCCAUCUUCUUUCUCUCCUUAACACUGUAUGGCUCCCAGCUCAGAGAAUAGCAAUGUCUGCAGCAAAGCUCUUUCCCAUCUCUCCUACCCACACAGAAUGCCAGGAAAGUCAUGUGAAAGGAAAGAGAGGAGGAGGAGGAGGGAGAGAAGAAGAAGGAGGAGGAGGGAGAGGGAGAAGAAGGAGGAGGAGGAAGGGGGAGAAAUGGGGGAGGAGUGUGUACCAGAGUCAGCACUUACUACUAAGCUUGUAGAAACUGGUUAUUAAAUUUUCCUGAAUUUUGCAAGCCCAUUGUUAAGCACAGCCAUUACAAAAAACUCAAUUAUACAAAUGCACAAUUAAAUAUAUUACGCUGGAA